GUAGAGUAGAGUCGUGUGUACACAACGUGUAUUUUCGAAAUUCCUUUGCAUUCUUAUCGGCCAGUAAUCAGUAUCAGUUUAUCUAAUUCAUUCGGGUUUUCACGAUCUCGUGGUCUUUUGUUCCUUCCAGGAUUUGCUUGAUUCCUCCGUUUCCGUAAGUGCCGUUCAAUUCCCAUUCAACAACAAACUGAUCCAAACUUCAGUUCAAGGAGAAUGUGAGAUUUGCUCGCUCCUUGUUUCAUUUCGGGCAUUCUUUCAAUUAAGAAUGGUGUUUGCCGGCUUUCGUAAUUAGUGAUUUUUCCCAGUGUUAUCGGAGUGCGGAAGGAGUAGUGCGUUGGAGGGCGGCCGCUCUGGAAAUCAGGGCGCGAUGAGAGCGUGCGACGGCCCCGGCCCGCGGGCGCCCCUCCCGUCGGCGGGGAGGCGGGGGAGGCGGCGGUGGGCGGCCCUGGGGGUGUGGGCCCUCGUGGCCGUAGCCUGCGCCCUCCUCGAGAGCCAGACGGGGGCCCAGGACACGGGCGCCCCCGCCCCGACCACCCUCCCCACCGUGAGGCCCACCGCCGCGCCCACCUCGAGGGGCCCCGCCGGCAAGCCCACCCGGGCCCCUCGCUCCAAAUCGACGUCGACGACAACGACCGGGCUCCCGGUGACGGGGAACCGGACGGCCCGACCGGAGAUGACGACUGCGACGCCGGGAAAAGCCGGGUCCGGGGACGGGCGGCGGAACUGCACGCCGCCGGCGAUCGAGCAGUUCCCGCGGCCGCUCAUGGGCCAGAGCGCCCGUCGCCACGGAGGCCUCAUCCUCCACAUCAUCAUCUGCGUCUACACCUUCGUCGGCCUGGCCAUCGUCUGCGACGACUACUUCGUCACCGCCCUCGACUGCAUCUGCGAAGCCUUAAAACUGCAACCAGACGUCGCAGGAGCAACUUUCAUGGCAGCCGGCUCUUCAGCCCCUGAGUUGGCCACUGUUAUAAUCGGAGUUUUCUUUGCAAAAGAUGACAUCGGAGUCAGUGGUGUCAUCGGCUCGGCAAUCUUCAAUAUCAUGUUUGUCAUCAGCGUGUGCGCCUUGUUUGCCGGCACUGUAUCGUAUCUAAACUGGUGGCCGCUCUGCCGUGAUUUGAUCUUCUACGCUGCCAGCAUUUUGAUCAUGUUGGUCGGUGUCGCUAAUGAGAGUGUUACCUGGCUUGAGAGUUUAAUCAUGCUGCUGAUGUAUGUGUUCUACUGCUUCUGCCUCUACCACAACACACUCAUCGAGGCCUGGGCAAAUUCACUGAGCAUCACAGCCAUCUGCCGAGAAGCCCAACCAGUCAGGGACGAAACAUCGCAGUUGUUCAACCAGAAACCACCGGAAGAUCCAUCGAAACCACCCCAGUCUGGACCAUAUUAUACCAAUGAAAUGGCAACGGAUGAAAAUGGUGUGGCUCAACCAACGCCAGCCCAGCCGAGCGUUCAAACUCAGUAUCAGCAGCAGCCAGCUUAUUAUGUACCUAAAGAUCAUGGACCUGCAACGAAUCCAUUGGAAAAACCAACAGACCCUAAUCCUCUCGUCCUAGCGCAAUGGUACCUGACGUAUCCAAUUCACUGGAUGUGUCGUGCAACUAUGCCAGAUUGCCGCACUGAAGAGUACAAGAGCUGGUAUCCAUUCACCUUUACGAUCGCUAUGAUUUGGAUCUCGAUUUACUCUUACAUCAUGGUCUGGAUGAUCACAGUUAUCGGCGAUACCUUAGGGAUUCCUGACACAAUGAUGGGCCUAACGUUUGUGGCCGCAGGAGUCAGUGUACCUGAUGCCUUGUCAAGUUUGGCUGUAGCAAAAGAAGGUUACGGUGAUAUGGCUGUCUCAAAUGCAGUUGGUAGUAAUGUUUUCGAUAUCCUGGUCUGCUUAGGCUUACCGUGGUUCCUCCAAACUGCGGUCUUCAAACCUGGCAGCAGAGUCAGGGUGUACAGUAAAGGUCUGACUUACUCAACACUGUCCCUAUUUUCUACAGUCGUUUUCCUAAUUUUAGCUACGCACUACAACGGCUGGAAAUUGGACAAAAAGUUUGGCAUCAUCCUCAUGGUGUGGUAUGCCGUAUUCAUAUCCUUCGCUAGUCUUUACGAAUUGAACGUGUUUGGCGUCAUGAAUCCUCCGCAGUGUUUAAGUGACUAUUAGACUCAUGUAAAACAACAAGGAAAACUUACUUUUUAAGACACUCUAGUCGAAACGAAACAAAGUCCAUUUAUUUGACGCUACAGUAUUUGUAGUCUUGUGCAUGGGUCAGUUUUGAAAUCUCUCAACAGGAAACUCCUGAACAGGACAGAAAAUAGAAUGAUAAAUUUGACUGAAAGCCUGUCCAGAUAAAUAUGUGCUCCAAAGGUCGUAGAAUAAAUAUUUUAUUACUGCAUAAGUUUAAUGAAAUGGCAUGCAAAAGUUGUCUCAGCGAGUCCAUCGCAACUUGUGCCUUCAAAUCAGAUAGCCUGAAUCAGAAUCAGCCAAACAGCAUCCCUUGUUGCCUAAUUUCAUCAGGUGUUUUAUCUUUUACAAUAAAAAAUGGACGACAAUUCUCACUAAAUAUUCUAUUAUCAUAUACUCUAUAAUAUAGGGUACAUUCACAGAAAUUUUUAGGGCAUUGUAUCACUCACCUUUCUGCUUAAAAAAAUGGGACAUUGGAGAAAAUUAGGAAAUCUGACAGGCAAAGGGGGAACUUUGUGUGAGUCUUCGGAUGUCGCUAGAUUUUUUUUUUAUUAAAUAUGAAUUUUCUGAAAAACUUGCAAAUUUUUCCCUCUAAUUUUUCAGAGUAUUUUAUAUGCAAUUCCAUCUGAAAUAUCUGAAAAUUUAGAGGAGAAAUGCUCAUUUCUCUCCUUAAAAAUAAUUCUUCGAUCAGGGGCAAUUCAGCAACAUUCAAAUGUUUAUGUGGUGUACUUCCUCAAUUCGGUAAAAAUAAUGAUAGGCUAAUUGUAGUUGAUGCUGUUCAAGAAUUAGUGCGCAGUUGUACAGUAAUAUUAAUGCAAUCUUCCAGAUUAAUUCAGACCUUUCUUCGCAUGAACUUCAAAACGUACAGAUAAUCAGAUAAUGCCAAAUCUGAGUGUAAAAUUCUAGAAAUUGCACAAUACAUUGCCUUUUAUUGUACGAAGAACUUAACUAACCCCGGUUGAAACCAUAAUUAAUGGAUUUUCCGACUUUACCAUUAUUGUCUUUGUAGCUUUUUGUUGCGGAAAAAUAUCCGGAAAUAUUUCCUUUUUUAGUGGUAUCAACAUCUACAUUGUGAGUUUUUUAGUAUCAAAGCUUUUUUUUUUUUGGUGGAAAAAGUUAUAUUUUAUUUCAAACUCAAAUUUUUUUAAUUGUGCUCUCGAGUCUAGACAAGCUUCGAGAGGUCCUGAAACCCCUCUAAGCUAAGGAGAGCACCAAAGUGAGGACUCAAUGUAAUAAGCUAUCUGAAGUCUCUUCAAUGUUUUUUUUCUACAGAAAGGAAAGUAAGAAGUAGGAAAGUUCCGUCUUUGAACUCUAUGUGCGCACAUUAGCUGUCCACAGCCACAGUUUUCCAACCAUAUUUUUUCUGAGGAUUUCACUCUGACCCGUGCAUUCAACUUGCAAGACUGCACCUGAAAAUUUUCUAAGUUAGAACUGCACAAUUUUUAGAUUACUGUAAGUGUACCUGAAUGAUUGAGAGAUCCAUUCAAUGUUGAGCCUACUCCCAGCUUGGUUCUUCCCCUCUUAUUUUAUAUGUGAAUUGGAUUAACGCUGUUUUUCGCUCUGAGCUUGUCCUUCAUUUGGUCAUCAAUCGCUUUUUCAUGCUAAAAGUCUGAUUUUUACUAUCUCUCAGUCACCAACUAGCCUCUUGGGCCUGAAAAAAAGAUUAAAAAUUUGUAAGUGGCUCAGGGGUUUUUAUUUUAAAAUUGUCAACGUUGCACUGCUAAUCUUCACUUUUACUCAUUUUAACGAUAAAUAAGUCUCUGUGAAGUAUAUGUCUGUUGAUUCCUGUGACAUUUGAAAGUGGUAAAGAUGACCCUUGUAUCAUUAAUUAUCCAUCAAUAUCGAUUUCUGUCUUGAUUGAUCUAGCUAAAUUGGCCUGAUUAUUUAGAUGAAGUUUACAAAAACUUCAGAAAAAGUAAUUUUCCCUGUAAUGUUCCCUCUAAAACCAUGCAAUCAGACACCCUGUUAUGGCAAGGAUCCAAUUCAAUAUUUUAUCAGCACGUCCCUCAAAGUUACGCUUUUAUUGGACGUUUGCUAGCCACUCUUUCUUUGAUAAUCACAAUCAUUAGAUCUGAAUGCUUAGCGUAUGAAGGCCAAGUAAAGGAUGGGCUCGAAAAAGAGGUGAGAAAUCCUGCAAAAAUCUAUAUUGUUGACUUUCAUGUGAAGUGUUUUCAUAAAACCAUAGUUUGCUAAGUUUUUGGUUCGCCAUUUUAUUUUAUUUCGAUGUUUACAACAUUAGAAAACUGUGUCCUAGUCAUCCUCUAAAAGGAGACAUUUUUAUCUUUUAAAAUGUACUAUGUCUCUUUUUCCUGGCUCCUAUUUGUUUGAAUCAGGUAGGAUCAGUCACUGGAAAAAGGCCCUUUACUGACAGAAAAUGGAAAAUGAGAGUUUGUCUAUACUACUUGAAGAUAAUUGCGGCAAUCUAAAAUGUUAUUUGAAGAUUAUGUAAAAUUAAUAAUUCCAAUAAUAAAUAACACAUACACAGAUCCAACAGGGCACUCUGGCGCUCCGCAACACCCAAAAUAUAGACACCAGAUAUAUUGUCAGUUGCCCUUUUGUUGACAGCGCACAGGUAUAGGUAAUAUGAUCAGAAAAUUUUAGGAAAAAUCGACGAAAAAGUGUAAUUUUGUCUUUAAAUAGUUUACUUUAUGGCCCGUUUGACAUACAAUCCCUCUAGAUUAUGCUUGAAUAUCAUUGAAAUUCUGUUUUUUGAGCCUGCUUGAACUAUAAAUUUUGCAAGUCAGAGUUAAGGGCCCACAUCCAGUAACUGGUCCUUUUUUGUUUUGGUUUUUUUUUGUUUGUUCUUGAUUGACUUAGCCCAUUUAAUUUUUUAAAUCUGACCUAUAAAAUUGAAAAGAUUCUGCAGUUUUGUCAUCAAGCAAAAGAGAAAGUGGAAAAUUUUAUCUGCAGGUCUCUCAGAUAAAAAUCUGAUCUCAUUCAUCGCAUUCCUGGUGUAUCUCUCUCGUGAAUUAAAGUUCCUUUUUUCCCGUUUGUUAAUUUUCUUCUUAAUUUUAAGGAAUACCGACUCUGGAGUGUGUAUUACUUCGAUCUAGUCAAUUUAUAUUGUAGCAACGGCAGCAAUAAAUUAUUUGCUAGGCGGUUCGUUAAAUUAUUGCGUAGUCUAAAUAUUCGAAAAAACUUGGCAAUUUUUUCAAAUGACAUCACAAAGCUAGUCACUAUUUUGAUGAGGAAAUUGUCCUAACACUUCAUGAAAUUUUCAAAUUUGUGUAGAACAUGAGAAAAUUUUACUGAUUCCAUUAGUCUCAUCUGAACAAUUUACAGCUGGUGCCAAUUUUACUUGCUCCCGUAAAAUAGGAAGUGUCAAUUAAAAUUCUAGUCUCAAAUCCCUCCCUUUCAUUGCCCUUAAUUCUAUAAUUUUGUUUUCUGAGCUUAUUUUCAUGUAUCACGUUUUCAACGACAAUAUAGCUUGUGCUCAAAAUUUUUAAAUUUCAGUGAACGAAAUAUAUUCCAGGGGUCCAGAAAGUUUGAAAAUGACGACCUUUUUUUUGCCAUCCAUGGAUUUUACUUCGUGGUGGAGCCCUGAUUUGGCUAUUUCCUUUCUCAGCGGAAUCAACCAUUUCUGGCAGAAUUCCCGAUUUUUUGGUAAAAUGUGCUAUUUCUCCCUUUUUUUACAUCAUUGAACAAAAAAAUAAGUCAUUGUUUCUGACAAUUGCCUCACUCUUGAUUGCAAGAUCAGGUAUUUCCUCCACCCCUGAAAUAUUAGCGGAAUGCGGCCGUGGUAAAGAAAAAUCCCACAUGAACCCUCAGGUGUUGCCAAAUUUCCUUUGACAAAGUACGAAUUAAAUGAGAAAGUUGUGAAUAUUUUUCAGACAAUUUUGUUUGAAGUAUAAUCCAAAACAUCUGAAGAUUUCAAGGAAAAAUAUGCAUAACUUUCUUCCAAAAUACUUUGUUUAUCAGGGGAAAUUUUGUAACAUUCAUAUGCUCUCAUGGCAUUUUUAAUUAGCACGGCAGAAUAGCAACAUCUUUACAGAUGUGUCUUAACAGAUAAUCGAAAAUGAAGUAGUCCUUUCUCUGAUGAGAGAGAAGAGCUCUGAUUUUUACGUACUUCAUCUGUUCGUUCCAGUUGGAAUCUAAAAAAAUGAAAUCACCAACUUAUAAUUUAUAAGUUCAAUUAAUGUAUUUGAAGAAAGGAAAGUACGAUGAUGUCCUCCGUCAUUUUUUACUGUAAGCAAGAAUUUGUCAAUUUUUUGUUGUUCUUUACCUGUCAAUUUUUUAGAAGCCUGAUAAGUGUCGAUAAGUACCUUUUUUUUGUUAACUUGUUUUUAGUCUCUGAUUGGCGAGUUUCUACGCGGAAUUUAAGAUGAUUCCUCUGUACUUUAAAGAUCACACCAAUAGCCUUUGAUAAAUUGAUAAUUUCUGGAUUUCCAAACAUCACAUCUUGCCGUAGUAUGUCAGACAUUUGCACACCAAUUUCGAUCAAGAAGCGCUCUCAAAUAACUCUUAAAGCACAUUCUGAGUGAAAACAGCCAACUGAAAGGCAAAAUGAUUUGUGAUAUUCACUCGGAAUGUACUUUUGGAGUUAAUUCAAAGUGAUACUUUUCAAAUUUUUUGUACAAAUAUCUGAUACACCACAGUGUGAUAUGAUGCUCAGAAAUUCCUGAGAAAUGUCUUAAAACCCAGAAAUAAUCAAACGUCGGAUUGACCAUUGGAUCAUUCUUCUAAGUGUUGAAGGACCACCUUAAAGCUUCCCUCAAUACAAACGCAUUCAUACCCAGUUUUGUUAGUGUUUCGUUUAACACAGUUGUUCUCCUCCUUUAAACCACUCACAAACUUGGAAAGCUAUCUAGGAGAUUUUAGCAUGCAGAAAAAGUUCUUCCAUUUUAAAACAUCAUGAAAUUUCAAAGGCCAUUCCAAAAAGUUUUCAUCAACCUCAUGUGCGAAUCAACAAAAAUAGCUAGCUAGUUGCAGUACAUAGGGUUUUUAAAUCAACCAGACUAAAUUUUUCAAUCGGAAACUCUUAAACAUGAGAUUCAAGUACUGAAAGAAAUAAACGAAAAAAUUACUUUAAAGGAACUUUACAUUUGUUCAUCUGACAAUUCUAAGCUUCCUCUUUCUUCCUCAAAGUACUUUUUUUAGCUCUCACAUACAAACGCAAGCGUUUUUCCCUCUUAACCAGAAUCAUUUUGCUAAAAUUCUUGUGUCUGAGAGCCACUCCUGAAUGAAAUUCAGCUCUUCUUAGCCACUUUUUUCAACCCGAAGAAAAGUUUCUGGGAUUUUUGCAACCUAUGAUUGACGAGGGCUCGUUUUGUAAAUGAAGAAUGGAUCUAAGGAGCCCCUAGUGUUUUUGGUUGGCUCAUACAUGCAAGAGCACACAGUUUUUGUGGUUCAGUACUUGAUUUGACUCCAGUAGACUUUGCUUUUUUGUGAGGCAGAAGUUUAAUUUGGAAAUGAGUGUGUUAUCAGUGUUUUUUAUGUAAAACUUUAUGAGGAAAUGUGUAUUGUACUGUACUGUACCCCUUAUUUGUUCUCUAUCCAGCAAUCCAUUUCGGUAAUUUAUUUUCAAAAUCGCUGAACUAUGUCACACAUAAUACCUGUCUCAUAUAAAAUAAAAUUUUACCACCUUUUUUUUUAAAUUUUAAUCGUCAGAUAUUUUGUACCAAGUCUGAAUUUGCAUUCUUUCCUCCUAAUGUAUUAUAACUCUAAUUUAUAUUUGCAUUUACAGCAUUCAAGUUUCAAAAAUGCUGUAGUUUUCUAGUACUUAAGUUAGAUCGAACGAGACCUGAUGGAACUUGAGGAUGAACUUGCCAAAAUACAAUUUCGUCAAGGCCGCUCAGCAUUUGUAUCAGUUCUCGUUCUCCAUUGAGGUAAGAUCAAUCCAAAAAACAAAUGACAAUAAUGCAAGCCUUAACUUUAAUUUUUGUAGAAAAAUAAUUAAUAUCGUAUCGUAUCAUAUAUCAAACUUGUUCUGUGCAGUUUUUCAAUUUUACUUUUUUUUUCCAUCUGUAAUUGAGCAAGUGAAAUAAUUUUUUUUAGAGUCAGGGUGUCUCCUAGUUUGGACAUUUUAAGGAGAGCAGUUAUGAAUCUGGAAGAACUCAAUAAGUACUAAAAUUUAUCAGAAUUUUUUGUAAUAUAUUUUGUCGUAUCCUGUAUGAGGGAACCUCUCUAGAUCGUACUGUUUCAGUAUUUCUCACUCACAUUCUAUUCGUUCAUAGCUGAACCAUUUCAUGAAUUUUUCUGAAAUUUUUAUCGAUUUUUCUUUAUUCUAGUGAGAAAAAACUCUUGACAUUUUCAGACUAAUUCUUGCAACAGUUUUUCCAUGAAAAAGUAAAAUGUUUGUAAAUAUUCUGGAACAACGCAGAUGAGGUAUAUAACCCUUCAUCUGGGAGAUGACAAACUGUUUGCAACCCUUGACAUGAAGGUACUGGAAAGUAAUUGAUUUAUUUUAAGAGCAGGUGCUUCACUUUUGCCGUUUUAGUGAGAAAGAUGUGAAAAAGUACUUAAUGUUUGUGGAAGGACGUAAGUAGACACCCUGCCAGAAUUGAAGUGUAUUUUGUUUCAAUUAAUUUUAUAAGGUUGUUUUGUUAACCAAUGCUGCUGUUCGUUUUUGACCAAUAUCAUAAUAUUUGUAGCUUUCCUGUUUUCUAAGCAUCCUCGUUUGACAAGCUUAUUUCUAUCAAUGAAAUGUGUUUAUUGUAUCUAACAAAGAGUGCUAACAUAGUUUUAAGGUGCUUUAGUCCCUUUAAUUUCAGAGUAGAGGCAUUGACUUUUCCUAUUAAUAUCUUUCCCUAAUUUUUAUAAAUUUUGUAUGAUGGAAACAUUUUUUCGUCAGUUACUGGUCAACGAAAAAAACUGAAAGUCAUCCCAGAAAUCUCAUUGGACUAGCCGCCCGUACCUGACCUCAUACGAGCAGUGGUUGCCGGAACUCGGUUUUCUCCCUGUUUUAAAAGAAGAAAAAGAUAUUAAAUCGUAAUGUUUGUGCGGAAAAUUUGCUCCCAAUUCAAAUAAAAUCGAUUCAACGGUUGUUUGAUUCAAAACUUUGCCACUAGCUCUUAAUUUUGAUGGAUUUCUUCUUUGGCUAGUUUCACCGGACAGAAGACUGGAAUGAAGAUGGAACCUUAUGUUCUGAAAUAUACGAGUGGUUGAAAUUAAAAAACGCAUUCAUUUGAUUGCAAUGUUGCAAAUUUUCACCCAUAUUUUAUUUUCUUACAAGAAAAUUAGCCAACGGAUUUUCUUGGAAUUUCAUGUGGUUUUGUAUUUUUCAUUUAAAAUAUUCACAGAAAAUCGCAAGGAGCCCUUUUGGUCAGGUUUCCUCAAAAAACAUGGGAAAUAAUAAAAAAAAAUCUUUCAAAAUUUCAGCAUAGGUGCUUAUUUUUCAACUUCAGCCAUUGAAGUAUUUUCCGCUGAGUGUUCCUGAUUUUAUCCUGUUCGAACUAAGAAACUGCAAAAAAUAAAAUUUCAUCUCUCACUCAUUCAUAAACUUAAGUAAAGUUUUGUAAGAAGCAGUCUUAGAGUAUAGCCUCUUAAAAAGAAAAGAACGCUAUGCUUCAUGUUGUUCGGGUGGGGUGUUGUAGUACCAUCCAUAAUUUUUACAUUACGUCUGUGACUUUUUUUAAAUAUUAAUUUAGUAACUUUUAAAAGUCCUACCAGACUUUUGACUUUGAGAGCAUCUCCAAAACUAUGACAAAAGAAAGUCUAGCAGGAAAGCCAAAAUCCUUACUACAGAAAUUUGAAAAAAUUCCCUGAUCUGAAAAAUUGGAACUCCUGCAGCAAAUAUCAUUUGAACCAUAACAGGAAAAAUUCAGUUUAAGUGCUAAAUACUAAUUCCAACCCUUGGAAAUGAGAUUUUUGUGUUUAUUUUGAAUGAUAGGGGUCUAGUAAAAUUAUUGCAGCCUUAAAUUGUUUUUACUACAUAGAACAAUGAUUUACUCCUCUUCAGACAUAUAGAAUGGAGUUUUGAAUUUUUCGUCAAGUUCAACUGUUCUGCAAGACUUUUGUUAACUCUCUGAAUUAUCCAAACUUUUGCAGUUCUUUUUUAUUGUUUUAAGUUGCAAUCUAAACAAAAUUUGAAGACAUUAAAUUGCAGAUUCGUUUUUUUAAAAAAAAUAAGCGCACCUUUGAGCAAGAAACGUACACAUGUUGAUAAAUUUAACAAACCUGAAGAGCAGCUCUGACCUUCAGAAAUCAUUUUCUCAGGAAAAUCUGGCGUUAAGUGUUGAACAUUAAGUGUACCAUAUUUGAUUGUGGUAAGUGUAUUCAAUGAAAAUAAAUGUUACCAUAUUUGUUGAACUGAUGUUAAUUGCAUGUUAGAUACUCGUUAAAUGUACACUGAAGUUUAUUGUCCAUCGAAUCUAUCAAGAUUUUGUGUUACUUAAGAAUAUCAUUUGUUAUUGAUAUAUUAUAUGUUACCUACUCAUGUAUUGUAUAUCCUGCUCCAUCUGUAUAAACAAACAGCUUUCCCUUAACUUAAAUGAUGAUACAUUCAUCUUUGUAUUUUGCACUGUGAAUUUCAUAAGAUGAAUGGUAAUACUACAGCUAGUGGAAUGUAGAACGUACAAUACAAAUAGAUGAAUCUCAGUUUU